AUGUUCGCUAAGGUCGCCGUCCUCGUCGCCGCUGUUGCUGGAGCUCAGGCUGGAGCCAUCGCCGCCCCCGCCUACGGAGCCGCCUACGCUGCCCCCGCUUACGGAUACGGCUACGGAGCCGCUCUCGCCGCCCCUGCUUAUGGAGCCGCCAUCGCUGCUCCCGCUUACGGAUACGGCUACGCUGCCCCCAUCGCUAAGGUCGCUGCCGCCCCCGUUGUCUCCUCGUACUCUACCGUGACCAAGCACCUCGCUGCCCCCGUUGCUGUCGCUGCCCCCAUCGCUAAGACCGUCGUCGCCGCUCCCGCUUACGGACACGCCAUCGCCGCUCCCGCUUACGGACACGCUCUCGCUGCCCCCGCUUACGGACACGCCAUCGCUGCUCCCGCUUACGGACACGCCAUCGCUGCUCCCGCUUACGGAUACGGCUACGGAGCCGCCCCGGUCGCCAAGGCCUACUACUAA